UAUUAGCUUCAUCUACCGAGGCAUGUCUCCGUUCUGCCGCUUCACAUAAAUCUUGACGUAAAACGCACGGCGGGUUUCGGGAGAGCCCGGCUCUCAAAUAACCCGUACGUUCAACUCGAUGUCAACGUCAUGAACAAAACAUCGGAGGCGGCCCAUCAAGUCGCUGACUCCUCAGGCCAGCCCAACUUCUCCCACCUCACACUCAAGAGGAUAGCUCUGGCCAGCUGGAUCCCGGGUGCCACUCAUCUUUAAAGAAUUGCCCUGUCUUUUCGGAAGUAAUUGGCGGCCUCUAACUUGCCUUCAAUUCUUCAAGGUGGAACAAAUCAUCCAUCGUGCGAGACUGACAUUCACUGGGCAGGAGACUAGUUUGGGGUGUCUGAUGCGUACGUGAUGGAGAAUGGAGCUAUCAGUAGACACGAAUCAUUGGUCAAUCGCUCUCUCCCGCUUUGUUUCUGUCAUCCCGUGGCCGAUGGCUUUGCCACGAUCUUUGCGCGAUUGGCAUCGGGAACCUCACUCUUGAGUCUUGAACGAAUCGAUGGAUUUAACCUACCUAGGCAGGGGCGCGCGAGCCUGCCUUGCGGCUCUACUGACCGGCUCAUUCUUGCUGAUUCCAGGUUCCUUGGCCGAAUUGGAUUGGCGACGCAGUCCCUUGCCCACGGCUGCAUCAUACCCUGUAAUUGGUGCAUUCUGCGCGCAAAGAAUGCCAUCUAGUUUCUUCCCCCUUCCGAACCCUGCUUGGUACAACUUGCUUGUUGCCUUGCAGGCAGCACCUUCAGCCCAGCCCGCAACCGCAACCGUGGUCACCCAAUGCGCCAUCGGUGAGGUAAUUGGCCUCGGUUUUGUUGGCGUCCGUCCACAUUGUUGUUUUGCUUUUCAACGCUGUUUUGCAGGAACAAUCGCAAGGUACUUUGGGCCAAGAUGCUGUGCACUAAGUCUGAGAAAGGCGCGUUUCAAGCCAGGCUUCCCAUGCGCUUUUUGCAUUUGUUUAGGCCUCUCUGCCGUUGGGUUGGCCCCAUUGGAUUCGUUCGCUAGGCCAGGGUGUGAGUUGCAUGAUCAACUUAGACCAGAAAGCCAUGCUAAUGAUAAUCACAGUCAUGCUGCUGACGGAAUGGGUGGUCGCUGUGACUCUUGGACAUCCAAGCACAGCAACCAACAGUUCGGACAAGUAUCAAAAAUAAGACACAAACUUGACUCGAUUCGACCCCAUCGCCAGCGUCCUGGUAUCGGCGAAGGUAGCCAGACACCUAACACUGACUUGCCCAAACGCUGUGACAGUGGGGAAACACCCGACAGAGUUGCCUCCUGACUAACCGCCAUCACCGAGAGGCAAACAAUCCCCCAGCUUGGCCUCGCUUCUCUUGCCAUCCCAUAUUGUGUGCACAUCAGCUAGGCAGCCCGCCGCUUCCCGAACCAUCGUCAAUCGCGGCACCAGUUAAAUUCUUGGCCGCUAUGGCCCUGUCUGCUGCGCAACCUUUCCGUUUGCGGCAGAGGUUUGUGUCUCCCAGGCUUCUAAUACUCGAAGGGACCGUCUCGAACCGGCUCCGAGCUGGUGAGCCAUUUUGCUGGUCCAGUCGUGCGUAAUAUGCACAUAAUGACAUACCCUGUUGGACUCUUGUGCUCUGCGCUCAUUCCUCAUCAUCGUAUGGCCUCAGUGUUGGGUAUCGAUUAGGUACCGACCCAUACAAUUCGGCUGCAGUGGUACAGCAGAGAUCCAGAUGCGAGAAUGGUGACAGAGGGCAGCAGAGCUCGGCGCGAGGAUUUCCCAUGGUGCGGCCCAAUACUCGUGGAGUCUGACGCUGAUUGGGCGUCAAGCGGAGGGCAAAUGACUUUGGUUUCGGCACCAAGAAUGUUGAAAUCAGAGACAGGCUGUCACCCGCCCACCCCUCUUGACACCCACACACCUCUGCUACGUGUCGUCAGACGCACUGUUCGUGGGUUCGUUGUGAAGAGACGCGCUCCAAAGUGCCCAUUUGUUGUCAGAGGGGUGACCGGCUGGGUGGCUUUUCGGACGCCACGACGGGGUAUUGGGAUGAUGCGAGAACCGGCUGUUGUGGUGGCAUCAGGUGUAAGCAACAGGACAAGCGUUGCGGACGGAGACGAUUCCGAUGACAAUUGACCGUUGAAGGGUCGAUUGAGAGUCAAUGCCUAGGUAAUACACGGGGGCUUCAUUCACCGUGCUUUUAGCUUGAGGACCCGUGUUGGGAGAGUCUCUCUUUUGUUUCUAUUUCAAAUAUUGUUCGUGUUGUAAUUCAAGGUAUGGAGAGCAGAAUCAACCAAAGGAAUUUAGUAUCAGUGCCAUGUU